AUGUCUGAUCAAGGGAAAUACAACAACUGGACCAAAGCCGGUCUCAUUCAGAGGGUCAAGGAGUUGGAGCAGCAGCUACAUCAAGAGAAACACAAACAGCCACGAAAAGAAGGAGAUGAAGUGGCUCCGCCGGUCAAGAAGCCCAAGGGCAAGAAGAAGAUGGACCCGUCCAAGUAUUCCACCCGGUACAUUGCCCUGAAGCUGGCGUACCUGGGCAAAAACUACGGCGGCUUCGAGUUCCAGGCCAUGGGCAACCAGCCGUCCAUCGAGGAGGAGCUGUGGAACGCCCUCACCAAGGCGUGCCUCAUUUUUCCCGAGGACGAGAAGCUUGUUGAUUUUGACUGCUGCGAGUACUCAAAGUGCGGCCGUACGGAUCGUGGAGUUAGUGCUUUUGGGCAGGUCAUUGGGCUGAGGGUGCGCAGCAACAGGCCGCUGCCCAAGGAGCCGGCCCAGAACGAGGACGCACCAGGGGAGCUGUUACAAGAGGAAUCCGGAGCAGAUCAGAAUCAGCAGCAGCAGGAGGAGCUAGUGAAGCCCUUUGACGACAUCCGCGACGAGAUAUCCUAUCCCCACGUUCUCAACCGCCUCCUCCCCAAGGAGAUCCGCAUCCUCGCCUGGUGUCCCUCGCCGCCUCCAGACUUCUCGGCCCGCUUCUCGUGUAGGGAGCGUCAGUACCGGAAGAUUAUGAAAUCCGGAUGGCUAGAUAUCGAGGCCAUGCGCGACGCAGCGAAGCGGUACGAGGGCGAGCACGACUUCCGCAAUCUCUGCAAGAUUGACCCGGCCAAGCAAAUCACAAACUUCAAGCGUCGCAUGUUCGAGUCGGACAUUGUCGAGGUCAAGGAUGCGGCCUCUGCCCUGCCGUACCUCAAAGCCGCUGGCUUCGCCCCUGAAGACUUGGCUCUAAACUCUGGCGAAGUGUACCCAAAGGUUUACUACUUUCACGUUCGCGGAUCUGCUUUCCUGUGGCACCAGAUCCGCCACAUGGUCGCCGUGCUCUUCCUCGUCGGCCAGGGCCUCGAGCAGCCGUCGCUCGUGAGCGAGCUGCUCGACGUGGAAAGGAACCCGCGCCGCCCAAACUACGUCAUGGCCGACGAGGUGCCCCUGGUGCUCUGGGACUGCAUCUUCCCGUCCGACCUGAGCCAGUCCACGGCGGCUCAUCGCGAGGACGAUGCGCUGCAGUGGGUGUACGUCGGCGACGACGGGCCAAGCGGGCGGUUCGGCCAGUUUGGCAUCAUGGACGACACUUGGCAGAUGUGGCGUGAGCGCAAGAUGGACGAGAUCCUCGCGGGCCAGCUACUGCAGCACGUCUCGCAGCAGGGCAAUAAUGGCAGCACGGCAGCCAGGGCGGCGCCGGCUAGCAGCGCGAACAGCACAAAGGUCUUUGAAGGGGGCAACGGCGGGAGGCUGAGCGGCAAGUAUCCCGGCGUUAUGAAGAUGAAGCUGCUGGAGUCUGCGGAUGAGCAGAAUGACAAGUAUGCGAAGCGAAAGGGAUAUGUAGACGCAGAGGACAUGAGGGCGAAAAAGGGGUUCAGGUCCAACAAGGAGCAAGACGUCGAUACCCCUAUGGCCGAUGAGUAA